GUGAGAUAUGCGGCAGGCCCCAGGUCGCACCCGGUUAAAUGCGAAUAACUUUAUCUCGUCUCUUCCCUCUCUCAACUACUUCCCACUACAUUUGCCAUGCCCACGAACAACACAAACCUUGACAGGUCGUUCUUGACCGCAAAUAUCGAUGAUCUCCUUAAGCAGCUCACCACAGAAGAGAAGAUCUCCCUCCUUGCAGGCAAGGAUUGGUGGACCACUGUACCGAUUCCAAGGCUCAACAUCCCUUCCAUCAAGAUGACCGAUGGCCCUGGUGGCGCUCGAGGAGACUCAUUUUACCAUAUGACACCGGCUUGUGCCCUUCCAAGCGCUACUUCUCUGGCCUCCACUUUUUCUCCCGAUUUAAUCCAUUCAGCCGGUAAUCUCCUAGCACUUGAAACCCUUGCUCGCAAUGCUGUCUGCCUUCUUGCUCCCACUAUCAACAUCCAACGUUCCCCGCUCGGUGGUCGAGCAUUCGAAUCCUUCUCUGAAGACCCCACUUUGUCAGGCUUGAUUGCGGCCGCUUAUGUUGCUGGUCUGCAGGAAGGUGGUGUUAGUGCGGCGAUCAAGCAUUUCGUGGGGAAUGAUCAAGAGCAUGAACGGAUGGGCGAGGACUCUGUCAUCGCGCCUAGGGCGUUGAGGGAGAUUUACCUUCGACCAUUCCAGAUUGCACUCAAGAAGUCUAAACCACAAGCAUUCAUGACGGCUUAUAACAAACUCAAUGGGACGCAUUGUUCGGAGAACGAAUGGUUACUUGAGGAGCUGCUGAGAAAAGAAUGGGGGUUCGAUGGGCUGGUAAUGAGUGAUUGGUAUGGUACCUAUUCCAUUUCCGAAAGUAUCAACGCCGGGCUCAACCUCGAGAUGCCCGGGGCCACCCGAUGGCGUCCCAACGGACUAGUGACUCACCUUAUCAAAGCGCACAAGAUCGACCCCAGGCAGUUGGACAAGGUUGCAGGUGGUGUAUUAAGAUGGGUACAGAAGCUUGUGAAGAAAAACGAGGAGUUGGUAUAUUCACCGCCUGGCAAAGAGAAGACUAGAACUGAGGAUCAAGCAGAAGACGCCAAGUUGCUUCGUCGUUUGGCUGGGGAAAGCAUUGUACUUCUCAAAAAUGAGUUGAAUGUUCUCCCAAUCAGGGAACCCAAAAAGAUCGCCGUCAUCGGUCCCAACGCCAAGGCCAAGGUCCUCACCGGCGGUGGAUCUGCGCAACUUCGCUCAGCCUGGUCGUCAACUCCCUGGCAAGGUCUCUCCGAUAAUGCUCCCCAAGGUGUUGAACUUUCCUAUUCCCUUGGAUGUCACUCCGACAAGUUCCUGCCUAUACUUGACGACAGUUUUACCUGUCCUGAUGGCUCACCCGGCUUCCAACUUUCACACUUCCCCAUCACCUCCUCAGGCGAUAAAGCUGAGGAACCCGUACAUGUCGAGACAUGGGACUCAUCCGACAUGUUCCUUGCUGACUUUACCGCUCCUGGUCUGACUAAGGAGUACUUUACCCAGCUUGAUGCCGUCUGGACACCGGUGGAGGAUGGAGAGUAUGAAUUUGGAGUGGUCGUUACUGGCAAGGGGUGGUUCUGGAUCAAUGGAGAACUUGUUAUCGAUGCGUCAAGGGAAGAUGAAAGGUCAACGAGUUUUUUUAACUUGGGAACGAAGGAAAUCAAAGGCCGAACCAGGGCUACAAAGAACAAGAGAUAUGACAUUCGCUUCCUCCACGACACCCGGCCAUACUCAGUCAACAACAUUAACACUCCCAUCGCAAGUGCCGGUAUGCGUCUUGGCUACAUCCAGGUUAUCCCCGCUUCGACUCUCCUCUCUAACGCCGUCUCUCUCGCUGCAUCCUCAGACGUCGCCUUGCUCGUUAUCGGGCUUAACUCGGGCUGGGAAUCAGAAGGAUACGACCGUCCUGACCUUUCUUUACCGAUGGACACAGACAAGCUCGUCAAUGCCGUUGCGGAAGCGAACCCCAACACGAUUGUUGUCAUUCAAGCGGGUUCUGCCGUUUCAAUGCCGUGGCUCGACAAAGUGAAAGGUGUGGUGUUUGCUUGGUACCUGGGAAACGAGACUGGUAAUGCCAUCGCCGACAUUAUCUACGGGUAUACCAACCCUUCUGGUCGCCUCCCGAUGACAUUCCCCAAACGAGAGCUUGAUAUUCCCGCCAAUCUGAACUACAAAUCGGCACGCACCAGGGUUUAUUACGACGAAGGUAUCUGGGUAGGGUACAAGCAUUUUAAUGCAAGAGGUAUCGACCCUCUCUUUCCCUUCGGCCAUGGUCUUUCCUACACCACUUUUGCUUAUUCCGGCCUUCACAUCUCUCAAGUACCAGAAUCACCAAAGAACGUCGGUGCUGAUGGAUGGAGAGUGGAAGUCGGGGUGCAAGUGGAAAAUAUUGGCAUGGAAGAGGGAGCGCACACAGUCAUGUUCUGGCUGAGUCCGCCACCUGAGAGCCCGAACGGACUGAAGCACCCGAAGUGGACUCUGCAAGGGUUUCAAAAGGUUUAUGGGCUCAAACCAGGUGCAAAAAGAGAGAUCAAGGUCACGUUUGAUAAGUAUGCGGUCUCACACUGGGAUGAGCUCUGGAACACUUGGAGGGCGGAGUUGGGAGAGUGGACUGUUCGGGUUGGCUUAGACGCACAAAACAUCAGUGGCGAGAAGGCGACAUUCAAGAUUGAGGAUGAUCUUGAGUGGAGAGGCUUGUAAAGACAGUUCAAUAUAAAUAAAGGGCGUACGAAGUUGUGCAAUAUAGUCAUAUAUGUAAA